CAAAAAAUUAAUCAAUAUAAGCAUGAAGGAAUAAAAACUUUAUGUUAGGAAUCAUAACGGACACAACAUAGGAGAACCAGAUAAGGAAAGGUAAAAAACACUAGUUGGAAAACAGAUUCUCACUAUGUCUGGUGAUGAGGAUGAACAAGAGCUUGGGGUAAGCUAGGUACACCUGAGCCCCUGAUGGACCAUGAAUGAGACCAGUGCUGGAAUCCAUGGAGGAGGCUGGCUCUUAGUGUCCACUGUCCUAUGAGUUCUCAGGGAGGGCUUGUGGGGCUGGGGAUCCCAUUGGUCAGGCAGGCUGGUGGUCAGCAUGGAAAGCAGGACGUGAAGUAGAGAAAGGUCAGCACACACUGGAACCACUGACACCCUUUAUGCUCUUCUUUUUUACAGUGCUGGGAAUCGAACCCAGGGCCUCAUGUGUACCUGCCCAGCACCUCUGAUCCUCUUUUUCACAGCUUCACAUCAAUGGUGAUUUUAGAGUGAUAGCAGGCAUUUGAUUUUCCCUGGAUACUUUUAGACAUUGCUUCACCCAGAACCGUACAUACCACAAAUGAAAUUCUCAGAAAUAUAAUCCUGCUUAGCUAGGUUGACAAUGUAUCAAACACCACAGUGAGUGCUUCUCAAAAACAACAGGAAGAUUUUGCUCUGAUCUGGGGGGUUUCUAGCCUCUUCUUCCCAGAAAAAGCACAAAGCUGGGCCCCAGACCAUCAUAGCAAGUACUCCUAGGAAAUCAUUACCAAGAUAGUUACAUUGUGAAGAGGCGCCAUUCCAAGAGGCCCAGCCAACCAGGAAAGGCAAAUGCAGUCACAGUACCAUGCAGAUGCCCUUAAGAGCAUACGUUAACACUGAUGCAAUGCAACACUUAAAUUUUUUGAUAAAAAAAUUUCACUGUGUCACAAUAUGACAGUACGCUGUUACAGAAAUGAAAGUGUGGUGCAUUGGGGAAAAAAAAACUUUCAGCUCCAUUUUUGUUGUUGUUGUUGGUUUGUUUCUUUCCUUCUAAUUUUUUUAUAAUUGCUAGACUUUUUCAAAACUGGUCCAUUAAAACACCUAGCCCAGCAAGUUCAGCCAUGAGUUGCCCUGGUGCUAUUACUUUGAAUAUAAGACAUAGAAGCUAAAUAUUGAGGCAAAUGCACUUACUGCCCAAAUGUAUGUCCCUUGGGCUCCUAAGAAACUCUAUUAAAUCAUUACAGAGUUCUACGUCUCAGAGCAUCUUCUAUACAUUUGAGAAGGCUGCAUCUUGUAUCACUAUGAAAGUCCACCACCAGGGGGCAGAUGAGAGCACCCCAGGACCCUGUGUUCAGGCGCCCAUCCUCCAGGGCUGGGAAAAGGAAGAAGGGGGCACAUGGUCAGACCUCCCCAGAGAAGGAGGUGUGAGGCCAACGCUGAAGAUGCUGCUGCUCCUGCUGCUUCUGGGGCCCACAGGCUCUGGGCUUGGUGCUCAUGUCACUCAACAUCCAAGCAGGGCCAUCUGUAAGAGUGGGACCUCUGUGAAGAUCGAGUGUCACUUUGUGGACAUCCAGGCCCUAACUGUGUUUUGGUACCGUCAGUUCCCCAAACAGAGCUUCGUCCUGAUGGCAACCUCUAAUGUGGGAUCUGAGGGCACCUACGAACAAGAUUUUGUCAAGGAAAACUUUCCCAUCAGUCACCCCAAUGCCUCCUUUGCAUCUCUGGAGGUGACCAGCGCACAUUCUACAAACAGCAGCUUCUACUUCUGUGCAGGCAGUGACACAGCACUGGGUGGAAGUCAGAGACCUAGGCAAGAAGGGUUGCAGCAGCCUGGCCCUCCCCCACAGACCCCAGGGGCCCUGUAGGAGGAGCCUGGGGGAGGGAAACCGCAGCUUCUCUGAGACCACUGGGAGUUUGUGUGUGUGUG